AUGAAGACCAGCCCAAAGCUCAUAGUCCUCCACCCAUCAAUCCACAAACAAGGAGGAGCAAACUCCCACCGUACAUGGUUUCUGAUUUUCGUGUCCUUCUUCACAUUUGCCUUCGCUGUGACCCUCAUCACCACCAGAGACGCUAUUCCCACCACCACCGACUCCACCACCAAAACACCACUACCCAAACACGUUUUCGAUGCCCUCCUCCACUACGCUUCCUUCACCUCCAACUCCACCGCCUCCUCCCACAUGUCCUCCGCUGAGCUCAACUCCAUCGCCGCCGUACUCCUCCGCUGUGCCACCACAUGUAACUUCCUUGUUUUCGGAUUAACCCACGAGACCCUCCUCUGGAACUCUCUCAACCGCAACGGCCGUACCGUCUUCGUCGACGAAAGCGCAUAUUUAGUGUCGAAACUCGAAGAAAAUCACCCAGAAAUCGAAGCCUACGACGUUCAAUUCACAACCAAAGUGAGUGAUUUGUACGAACUAUUAGAGUACUCAAGAGACCAACUUCGAAACGAAUGCAGACCUGUACAGAACCUCUUGUUCUCGGACUGCAAAUUAGCCAUCAACGACCUUCCAAACCACAUAUACAACGUCGCAUGGGACGUGAUUUUGGUGGAUGGGCCACGUGGGUACUUUCCCGGAGCUCCGGGGAGGAUGCCGGCGAUAUUCACCGCCGGCGUACUGGCGAGAAGCAAGAGAGGAGGUGAAGAAAAGACCCAUGUGUUCGUACAUGAGAUUGAAAGGGAAGUGGAGAGAGUGAGCAGUGAUGAGUUCUUGUGCAGAGAGAGUUUGGUUGAGUCUCUGGACUUGUUGGGCCAUUUUGUGGUGGAGAAAAUGGAAGCGAAGAGAUUUGAGUUCUGUCCAGAAUCUGAAGAAUCAUCGUCUUCUUCAUCACCAACCUCAUAUUCAGAUGAUUGA